GGUCAGUAGUUCGGCUGUUGACUGGCUUUGAUCUCUUAUGUCGAACUUUUAGUCAGCUCCGGGGCAGGAUAUUCUUUCAGCAUAAGUAACCGUGGUGAUAUAGCCCGGUAUUAAGAGAACCAGCUUCGUAGGACGGACAACCCAGAGCACUUUGUACAGCAGUUGUCGUGGUGAUGAGCAGUAACGAGUGCUUCGGGUGCGGCGGCAGUGGCCACUGGGCGAAGAACUGUCCCAGUGCCGGCAGAGGUCGAGGGAAAGGUCGCGGUAGAGGAAAAGAUCUGUUCUGUUACCGCUGCGGGGACCUCGGACACGUCGCCAGAGACUGUGAGAAGACUGAGGAUGCCUGUUACAACUGUGGCGGAGGGGGUCACAUCUCUAAAGACUGCCAGGAGCCGAAGCGGGAGCGAGAACAUCUGUGCUACAGCUGUGGAAAGGCUGGUCACAUGGCCCGGGACUGCAACCGUGGCCAAGAGCAGAAGUGCUACUCCUGCGGGGGCUUCGGACACAUCCAGAAGUGCUGUGACAAGGUCAAAUGCUACAGGUGCGGGGAGAUCGGCCAUGUUGCGGUGGACUGCAGUAAGGUGUCAGAGGUGAACUGCUAUAACUGUGGGAAGUCCGGUCACCUGGCCAAUGAGUGCACCGUGGAAGCCACUGCCUAGCUGCCUCACCCCCGACCUCACCCUCUUUCAUCUCUUCUUUCACUCUUUUUAUUCAUUCUCUCUGAUCUCCUCUUCUCAUUGGUCUAGAGGCCUUACAGUCUAGCCUCACAGCAGCCAGUCAGAGCAGACAGAGGGAGGAGGAGGACGGGUGGAGAGUAAAAAGCAACCGUUUUUUUUCCCUGUAUUUUUUUUCUAAAGAACAAACAAUCUGUGAUUUAAGUUUAGUAGCGACGUCAUGAUUUAACUAGAGUGGUGGUGAGGGACAAAAAAAGCUUGACUGAAACGUGAUUUAUCCUCCCUCCAGCAAAUAACCAACCAACUACCUUACAGGAUAAACAAGCCAAACAGAGCAGCCGACAGCAGACAACAACAGGAACAUUAAUUUCUUCCUGUUUUAAAGUUGCGUUUUGUUUCUGUUUGGACCCGUUUGAGCAGAGCCCCGACAGACAAAAUCUAAUAAUUGAAAUAAGUCAUUUUAACAAACAAGAAUUCUAAGUUUGGGGAGAGGCAAUUGUUUUGUUUUCACACACAAAUAGUCCAAAUCUUAUUUUUGUACAAUAUUUCACCCGGAGCUACUGUAAAUAUGUCUUGUGGUUCACUGCAGACUGUAAUUUUAACCUGACUAUAAAAACGUGAAGGAAGAGGAUGGAGUUGAGACGUCUGAACUGUUUAUUUCAACACCCAACACAAUCACACAACAGUUUAACAUCAUUUUUUUAAAUAACAAUUGUAAACAAGUUUUUUUCCAUGUUUGUUCAUUUGUUUCACAACAAAUCAAAGAGUUUCACAUGGGACACAAAUAAAUUUAAGACAAGAUUUAACAGAAAACAAAAUAAUACAAAGUAUAUAAACCUAAAAACAACAUGAAAAGUUGCGCAAUGUAAAAAUACUCUUGGUAAACCACAAAAUAAUUAAAAGAAAAUCCAGGAACACAUUCAUUAUUAAUUCAUUCUCUGUAUUUGAGUUGUUGAAUUGUUACUAUUGUAUAUUAACAAGCAGCUGAUCACUAUCGUUUUGUUUUUUAGCACCAAAAAAAAAGUUGUUUCCAGGAAUCUUGGAGUUUACCUUGUCCUGAGUGUUGUCAACAUGAUUGUGAUAAAUAAAGUUAUUGUUGUGUAA